UACUCUUGAUCAUUUUCUUAAAUACUGGUUUGGAAUCAAUAGAAAUAAAGUUUCCAUAUUCUGUGUAUACACUAAACACUGAACUGCAGACUGACAAUAGUUUAAAAACAAAAGGAUUUCAAAUUAGAUUCUUGAUCUAGAUAAUAGAGGGCGUGAAACGUUAUAAAGAAUAGAAUAAGUAGCUGCCUCAGUAGGGAAAAGGAAAGCAGUGGUGUAGGGUUAAAAUGGUUCUACCAUGUUUUGCUUUGUUGUUUCUUUCUUUGAAGAUUACAGAGAUAGCAGGACAUAAUCCUAAUCCAUAUCCUUACUACUAUCCUUCAGUUCACAGUUCAACUAUCACUAUGAGGAUCAUCAUUAUAAAAACAAUUAUCAUCAUGAUUAUUAUGACGAUCAUCACCUGUACGGAGAACACCAAGCUUACAGCGGAUACUAUGAUUAUAAUAAUCUUAGUCAAUGGGGAUACGGUAGGGAGCAUCAAUGCCCAAACAGGUGUAUAUGGGAUGCUAGAUCUAGAUCUUGUACAGUGUACAACUAUUGGAGGAGAGAAUAUGAAGCUUGCUACCACCUGUCUUGGGGUAGAUAAACGGUGUCAGAUGGAAAUAUGAAAGAGAAGGGUAGAUAAACGGUGUCAGAUGGAAAUAUGAAAGAGAAAAAGAAGAAAAUACUUAUUUGUAAAAAGGUUUAUGAUUAACAAAAAAUUACAUUAAUCCUGAUCUGUCAUUAGCAGUAUAUUUGUGAAUAUGUUUUAUAGAUUUAUAAAAAUAAUUAAGCGUAAUUAUAAAAAUGUUAAUAUUCAGAAAUAACAUCUUUAUUCAAAAAUGUUAAUGCAUGUUUUAAAAAAUAUAUAUAUUUUUAAAUUGAACUUGAAAGUAAGGCCCGGCCCGAGUUGUCUAUUUCAGUUAACAUAUUGUAAUGCAUGAAUUGAUGUCUUCUGGACAUAGUAAACUUGUUUGGUUUAAAAAAGUGAAAAUCAGAAAACAGAAAACUGGAUAUUUCAACAAUGCAAAACUGCAAAAAAAAACGACUGCAGCGUUCAAGAUUUUCAGUAAAAUUAUGAAUUAAAAAAUGUAAUUUAAAAAAGAAAUAAAUGUUUAAAUCUUA